AUGCUCAAAGAAAGUAUUAUUGAGGAUGCUAUUACUUAUGUCAAGAAGCUUCAAGGUGAUGUUAAUAAACUCACACAAGAGCUUCAAGCAAUGGAAGCAGAAGAAAACUUAGAGCGGAAAAUAAACAAAGUUUCUGAUGCAGAAGAGAUGAAGAAAUGGGGGAUACAGGAAGAGAUUCAUGUGGAAAAAACUGAUGGGACUAAACUGUGGAUUAAGAUGAUCAUUGAGAAAAAGAGAGGGAGGUUCAACAAAUUAAUGGAAGUUAUGAAUGAUUUAUGCAUUGAAAUGACAGACAUUAGUGUUACAACUAUAAAAGGAGCAUACAUGAUUACAACUUGCUUAAAGAACUUGGGAGGUGAACCAUUUGAUGUUGAUCAAGCCAAGUAUUGGUUGCAAGAUAUAAUCAAGAUCAUUUAG